AUGUCCCAGUGCACCUGGUGGCCUCUUCGGGCUGGUGCUCACCUGGGGGAAAAUGGGACCGGCAGGAUGCUCUACCAGAAAGGCGGCACCGACCACGAGCUGUGCCAGCACUGCUCGGACUGCGGCCACAAGGGCUGGACGUGGCCCGGCUCCACCGGGCACUGCCAAAAUCCCAACCCCGGCAGCCUCAGCCACGACAUCGAGGGCUCCUGCCAGAGCCCACCCCAGGGCUGCCACCCUGCCGAGCUGUGCCCACCGCAGCCCGGCUGCUGCCCAGCCCCGCAGAGCUGCAAGCCCCGGCGGAGGGUGGAGGUGAGCCCGGUGCCCCCCGUGUGCCCCCCGCCCGUGAAAAUCCACCGGCGGCCGCUGGAGCAGCACCGGCCUCGCCCGCCCUGCCCGGAGCCCGAUUCCUGCGGGAAGCCCCGCAGGAGAGUGGAGCAGUGCCCGGAGCACGAUGAGGAGCCCCCGGUGGUGCUGCAGCCCCUGCCGCUGCAGCAUCGCUGUCCCUGCAUCCGGCGCUGCCCCCGGGCCGUGCCCCGCUGCUGCCCGCCCGCUGUCCCCCUGCCACCACAUCCCGGCCACCAGCAGCAGCAGCAGAAAGUCACCCUGGUACCGCUCUGUGUGAAGAACUGA